AUGGCCGGCCCACCGAAAUCUUGGGUUCUUCAUGUAUUCCACCGGUUCGCGGAGUCGAGAUAUUCUACGCAUAUCGGAGCUGCAGAGUCCGGCUCGAUAUUGAGUUUGAUCUCGCCAAGCUUUAUAGUACUUUACGUGAUAAUAUUUGUCGUUCUGAUAACAAUUGCCGUUAGAUUCAUUCCAAAGAAGCGAAAAGAGCCACGAUUCGCUGCGAAGACAGCACGUCCAAAGAGCACAGCAAAGACCACAACGACGAGUAGCACUGGAUCUAGUUCUUUCAUUGCCAAAAUGGGCCUCUCUACUAGACUACAUAGAAGAGACAAGCAUUCCGCUAAAACUGAUAAUAAGUCCAGUGUUCGUACUGCUAGCGCUACUGCUCCAACAGCAAAGAGUGUUCGCACUGCUACUGCUACUGCUACUGCUACUGCUACUGCUCCUGCUCUAACAGCAAAGACCGCAACGUCGAGUAGCACUGGAUCUAAGUCUCUUAUUGCCAAAACGAACCUCUCUGCUAAGUUGCAUAAAAAAGACAAGCCUUCCACUAAAACUGAUAACAAGUCCAGUGUUCGCACUGCUACUGCUACUGCCCCAACAGUCCCGACUAUCAAAGAAACCAAUAUCCUCAACAAAACUGAAAGUAAAUAG